CGGCGCGGCUUUCCGUUCAAAUGACGCCAACACCGUCAAAGCAGACAGAAAUGGCCCAGGACACCCAGUCUUCAGAGGAUGCAGAAUGCAUGGGUACCGCAAAAACGGUGUUGUUAGAUGAGUGUGAGCAACAGUUUGGACUGCUGAAUAAGCUUCAAAAUGAGAUAAUUUUGGCAGAUACUGAGUCAAAUGAUGAUGAGUCCAAUGAGGCAGUAAAUCGUCUAAAUGCCAUCACAGCUGAGCUAGAACAGUGGCAGGAAAUGGAACCAAAAUUACUGCUGACAAAUCCAGAUGUCCUAUUAUCUGUCGGAAAGGAAGAGUUGCAAAGAUUAAACAGUCAACUUAAAAUGGUAUUAUCAUGCUCACAAGCAAGACUCAGUGCCCUAAAAGGGAUGUUGAAAAGAGAGCAGACGUGGCUAGCAGAAAAAAAUGAAGUGUUAAGUGCAGUGUCUGAGCGAGUCACCACAUUACAGCAUGAAAAUGAGACGUUAUCAGGACAUGGUGUUCUGCAGGACAUGAAGAGAAAAAUUUACAAUCUCAAAGAUUAUCAUGGCAGCCUCAUGGAAAUGCUGAGUGACAUGCUAGCUGAGCACUUUCCACUUCCUGCUCCUCAAGGAAAUGCCACAAAGAAAAAGCGAGCAGCUUCAUGUGACGCAGAUGUUGUCCUGAUUUCAUUGAGUGAGAUUAUUGAGAAACUGACGAACAAAACAUUAGAAACACCUCAUGACCCUUAUGUCACUACCGAUGACACUUUCUGGCAACCAUACACAGAAAUGCUUCUUCGCAGCGGUGUUGCGAUAAGGCAUCCAGAUGAUUGCAAGAAAAUUCGCCUGGAAAUGUUUUUUUAAUCUAUAAAGCACUUGACUAUAGCCCCAUUUUUAAUUUAUAUAAAUAAUUUUUUUUUUAUUUAGUACUGCCCUUGAGAAACUACAUAAUUUUGUACAUAUUUUAUAAUUAACAUCAAUAAUUCUUUUUUAAAAUGUGCAUUCCUUCAUAUCUAAUCUGUGGUGUAUUGCAGUCCAAAUGUAUGCAGUAGGAACCGUUAAACAUGAUGAUAAUCAGUGCAGUACUAAAUUAAAACUAAAUGAAAUUA